UGCUAUUAUUAUAAUACCCAAACUCAAAUUCUACACUCUCCAAUUCCACCCCAAUUAAAUUUGGAGUUUCCACUCAAGAACAAAAACCUCCACUCCAUUUUCUUCUCUAGAUCUGAGCUUCACUUGAAUCUCGCUACCGAAAUCUAGGGUUUCAAGGUUUUCUGUUCCAAUUCCCGAGUAGCUCAGAGCUUCCUUCAAGUGCAGCUAGGUAGGGUUUCAAGUUCCCAGUGUUUGGAGGAAUACUUGCUAGGACCACAAUUCUGGGUUGUUUCAUUGACUGCCCCUUGGCGAGUUCCUAGGGUUUUGGAGCUGAGAUCAUAGGUUUUUAUAUUUGACUUUGAUGUAGUUGGAGUUAUCCAAGACUUGGAUGCUGGAGAACAGUAAAGCAACUUUCCGACUCUUUAGGAGCUUGUGAGAGCUGAAUACGGUGGGAGUACGUGCUUGUAUAUUAAUCAUUUUAAAUAUAUCUAUGAUUUGGUGGUCAAAAUUUGUGGGGGGUUUCGAGGUCAAUCGUGCGUGGUUGAGAAGUUCCAGGUUGAUACUUUGAAGCUUCGCUCGUUGGGGUUCGGAGCUUAAAGAAUUGGAAUUGUUUAGUCUUUAGAGGGAGGAAGCUGUUAUUGCUUUUAAUUUGUGAUGGGUUUUCGGUAUAUAACUCUGAUGUUUACUUUAGAGUCUGUGGAGAAACAAUAGUGACAUUUCAGGUUUGUGUCAUUUGUUUAAUACGGUUGAGAAUUGGAUUGGGGUGAGAAGAUAUGUGGGUUUUGGUAUAGGAGAGUGAGUGUCUGAAAGAUGGCCCUUAAGCUUCCCGCUGCAGAAGCAGCUAAAGUGGCCAUUAAUUCGAUUGGUCGUGGAUAUGAUAUUUCUUUAGAUCUUAGACUAAAGUAUUGCAAGGGUGAUUCACGUUUGAUUGAGAUUGAUGAGGAUCAGGGUAGAGAGAUUGUUCUUCCAGGUGGAAUCUCAGUUCGUAACGUGUCGAAGUCAAUCAAAUGUGAUAAAGGAGAGCGGACGCGAUUUCGUUCUGACGUUCUGACUUUCCAGCAGAUGUCAGAGCAAUUAAAUCAAGAGCUAUCACUGACUGGAAAAAUUCCUUCAGGGCUCUUCAAUGCUAUGUUUGAGUUUUCUGGUUGUUGGCAGAAAGAUGCAGCAUACACCAAAACCCUUGCUUUUGAUGGAAUGUUUAUAACAUUGUAUACAGUUGCACUUGAAAAGUCUCAGAUGGUGCUUAAAGAUCACGUGAAGAAAGAAGUUCCGUCAUCCUGGGAGCCUGCUGCAUUGGCAAGGUUUAUUAAUAAGUAUGGAACUCACGUCAUUGUUGGUGUAAAGAUGGGGGGAAAGGAUGUGAUUUAUAUGAAACAGCAGCAUUCUUCUUCACUUCAACCAUCUGAUGUGCAGAAAAGAUUGAAAGUGAUAGCAGACAAGAGGUUUUUGGAUGCAAAUGCACAAAAUGAACUCGAUUCUGAGCAAGUAUACCAGAGUGAAAAGUUUGAAAUGAAGGAGACAAGGCUAAGAUUUGCAGAUACUGGCACAUCGAGUUCUUAUUCACAUAAAGAUGACAUUGCUAGCAUAUGCAAAAGGAGAGGUGGAAGUGAUGGAAGAAAUUUGACCCAUAAUGAGUGGCUACAAACAGUUCUUUUGGAGCCUGAUGUUAUUUCGAUGACCUUUAUCCCUAUUACAUCCCUUCUAAAUGGUGUUUCUGGAAGUGGCUAUUUGAGUCAUGCCAUUAACUUGUAUUUGCGUUACAAGCCACCAAUUGAAGAGCUUCAUCAGUUUCUUGAAUUCCAGUUGCCUAGGCAGUGGGCACCUGUAUUCAGUGAUCUUCCCCUUGGUCCUCAGCGGAGACAGCAAAGCUCAGCUUCAUUGCAAUUCAGUCUUAUGGGUCCCAAACUUUAUGUGAAUACAACACCGGUUGAUGUAGGUAAGAGGCCGGUGACUGGUCUGAGAUUGUAUCUUGAAGGUAAAAGAAGCAACCGCUUGGCUGUCCACCUGCAACACCUCUCAUCUCUUCCAAAUAUAUUUCAACUCGCAGAUGAUCCAAAUGGCAAUUUUCGCCAGGAAUCAUAUGACCGCAGAUAUUAUGAGAAGGUACAGUGGAAGAACUUUUCCCAUAUAUGUACCGCUCCUGUUGAAUCCGACGAAGAUCUUUCCAUUGUCACUGGAGCACAAUUACAGGUUGGGGAUUGUGGGUUUAAGAAGGUUCUUUUCCUUCGUCUCCGUUUCUCAACUGUUAUAGGAGCAGUUUUAGUUAAGUACCCAGAAUGGGAUGGAUCCCCUGGGUUGGCCCGCAAAUCUGGACUCAUCUCAACUCUGAUUAGCCACCACUUCACGGCAGUUCAAAAACCACCCCCUCAGCCAGCUGAUGUGAAUAUAAACUCUGCUGUGUACCCUGGAGGCCCUCCUGUUCCUACCCAAACUCCCAAACUCUUGAAGUUUGUUGAUACAACAGAGAUGACAAGAGGGCCGCAAGAACCACCUGGUUAUUGGGUUGUUUCAGGUGCGAGACUUGUAGUUGAGAAGGGGAGGAUCUCUCUUAGGGUAAAGUACUCAUUACUUACUGUUAUUCAACCUGAUGACGAUGGGUCGGAAUGAGAUCACAAUAGCUUUUUACUUACAUGAGAAGGAGCAAUUUUGGAUUAAUGUGAUAUGGCUGUUGGAUAAGAGACCAAUGGUAGUGUCUUUGCAGAGACCUUACAGAUAAGCCACAAAGUUCCACUAUUACAGAGUGAUUGGCUGCGUCUCCAUUUCCACAUGAAGAAUAUUUGUACAGAAUUGGUGUAGCAGCUGAGUUUCAUAUCAGAAAAGACAAUUGUAUUUAAAAAUGUUACUUAUCUCAGUGUUCUCCAUUUUGCGAGAUGAGAUUUUGUUUUUUGUCCUUGGUUUUACCCCUUCGUGUCAUGUUCAUUUCAUCAUUGUUGGCUAUUUCAUAAGUAGCUUCCACGAUAUCGUCUGUAAUAUAGUUAUGACAAAUUUUAAAUCAUUAAAUUUCAGUUUCUCUA